UCUCUGUAGACUGUAGCAGUGCAAGUGUAGAAAGGGAGGGACUAAGAGGGGGAAGGUUGCUCUGCGAGACUGCGACUGCAAGUGGUGAGCAAAGAAAGUAAGAAAUGGCGGACAAGGGUGACAUACUAAUGCUGGAAGCGCCGCCGGAUGCUUCACGGCCUAGCUGGUCGGUAGCGUCGGAGGAAGAAAUGGUAGAUGCACUGCCAUACAUCGACGAUGAUUACGGUAACCCAAAUGUCAAAGAAGAAGUCGACAGAUUGGUGGAGGAGGAGAUGCGCCGCAGCACUAAGAAGCCGGCUGAUUUCCUCAAGGAACUCCCUCCUGUCCCCAAAUUGAAUUUCGAGAACCACCCUAUGCUUGCUAGAGAAUAUGAACGUGUGAAAGCAGGCAAGCCUCCUGCAACACUGGAGAUGUCUAGAUAUGGACUAGAACCACCUCCUAUAAAUAAACGGAACGACAUUGAAGCUUGGAAGCCUGUCCUUGGAAAUGCUCGUGGGUUGUUACAACAUCAAAUAAUAAGACUAGAGAAUCUGGACUUGAUGUCAAAGCAUGGUGCUGAUGUUUGGAAACUUUACAAUCAACAGCUGGAGAAGUUCUUGUUCAGGAUGCAAGCAAUUGCUUUGCAGUAUAAUGAAAAGAUUGAAGUUGUUAACCGUGAAAGGAAAUAUCAUCAGCAAAGCACUGCAGUUGAGCUUAAUACCUUGUCUGCGCAAUGGAAGGAGCUCUGUGAGAAGAACAUAGCGAUAGAAGCCGCAUGUGCUAAGACUGAAAAUGAAAUUGAAGAACUAAAAAGUGAAGCUGCAGAAAGAGGCUGGAACUUGGAGGCUAACAUGGAGAAUGGCACUUUGAUGCACUCAGAACGUUGAGGUAGUGUGGAGCGGUUGCAGAUAUGCAUUUUAUCAGCACAUUGUUACACUCUGCCAAUUAAGGAGAAAAUUAAAAUGU